CACUGGAAAUGGCUCUGCGGCCACUUUUGGCCUCGACCCUCCAGUUGAGAACCACUGCAGUAGAGGACAAGAGCAGAUUUAUCUGAGAAAGAACUCGCCUGCUUUAGAAAAUACAUUGUAAAUGGCAAUAUUAUGAUAAAGGAUGUAAAACAAUAUUAAGAAAUGUGAAUUUGGUAUUUUAAGUAACGCUUACAAACUUUAAAAAAAUGAGCACUUUACAAAACAAAGCGUGCUUCAUUAACAGAGAGGGGAAAUUAAAUGAAGCCCCAGAAUGAUCCAUGACAUGAUGGAGGGUAACAUUUAACAAUGACUUGUUAUGAAAAUGUCAACCUCGCUGUAAUGAUGUGAUUAUGAUUUCCCUCCACUAGGUGACAGCAGGUGUUCAUGUUAAGAUGACAUCAGUGUUUUUCAGGCUGUUAGUAAACAUUGUUGACACUUGAGUGACAGGCUCUGAUUGUUUCGUGUUACUGUAAGAGGAAGUUUUCAAACACAUAUGAUCCACUGCUGUCAUUGUUUGGAAUCUGCUCAGCUUGGAGGUAAAUGAAAUGUAACAUGGCAGUGAAGUUGUUCCCGGUGCUGCUGGUGAUUUGUCUUUCAAAAUGCGGUCACGGUAAACACCUGCUUCGCUUUUUGACCUUCUGUCAGAAGAACGUCACGGGUGACGGCCAGAAUGAUAUUGAGUUCGACGGCGAUCAGCUCCUCCACACCGACACGUUCACCCAUCAGCCGGUCCAGCGGCUGCCAGAGUUCGGGGAUGAGUGGAUCCCUGAUCCUGGACUGGCCCCGGACUCAUGGGUAAACCUGGGUACCUGCUAUUACAACAUCCCACGAGCCAUAGCAGGAGCUAAAAGUCCUGCAGAGAACAUAGCCAGUCCCACCUCUAUGAUCCACCCGAAACAAGAGAUCGAAAUCGGGGUCCCUAACACGCUCAUCUGCUUCGUCAAAGACUUCCAUCCGCCUACAGUUACAAUCAUCUGGACCAGGAACGAGGAGCCGGUGGACCAGAUGGUCGUCAGCCAGACUCAGUACUACUCCAACCAGGACUUCAGCUUCAACACUGCUUCCUACCUGGAGUUCACUCCGCAGGUGAACGACAUCUACUCCUGCAGCGUGGGGCACAUCAGCCUGCAGAAGCCUCUCACCAAGUUCUGGGAGGUUAAAGACACAGACCAGCAGCUUGUGGAGACAGCGCUGUGUGUUUGUGGUGUGAUCCUGGGGCUGAUUGGAGUUGUCACAGGACUCUGGUUCAUCGUGAAAGCUAACAAGUCCUGCCAGGCGUAACACACAUCGAGACAAACACCUGAAUCUCUCGGUGUCAGAUCUGUGAUCGUCCUUCCAUCCUUUUUCUCCCUUUGUGUUUUUCCUCUGGGAGUGAGCUGGGCAGAGGUUUUGUUUUUGUCCCCAUCGUGGUGCUAUAUUUUACACCUUCAUGGGUGUAUGCUAUCUACUGUAUGUCUGUUUCUUUUUACCUUUACAACAACACUAAAACAUAAUCCUGAGAUUCACAAACAGCAGUAAGGUAAAGGUGUUUGUGUCUAUAUUGUACAUUUUAGCUUGCAUAUAAUAAAUAAAUAAUAAUAAAGCUCAUUAAACUUCAGAUGAAAACAGCUGGUAUUUUUCUAUAUGAAAUAAAAAAAUGGCCAACACACCCUCCAAAAAAUGUUUAAUGCUUUAAUUUAUUGUUGGGAUUAAACACGAUUUAGAUAAAUAAUAGUUUAGGUGAU